AUGCAGGGCAACUAUCAGAUGAACAACACGGCGUACGACUACUCCAUGUCGGCGAUGUCAUCCACUUCUCUAUAUUCAAUGUCUGGAAAGUCUGGGGAGGAGCCAGUAGCGGGCCCAUCGUCUCUCGUCCAUCGACGACGCUCAUCGGCGGGAAGUGGAUCGAGAAAGCGAAGCCCCGACUCCCUAAUCUCCCCCGACGCCCCUACGCAGCCAAGGAAAUACACAACUCCUUCCGCGACAUCCAAAAAAGAGGUCCCCGCCUUCUUUGCGAAGCGUUACCCCCUUCAGGGAUCUGACGAAGAGGAAGACGAACUCACGGAGGAGCCACCAGCCGCAAACGCCACGGAUCAGGAGAAAAUCGAGUGGCGCCGCCGCCAAAACACACUCGCCGCACGGAGGAGCAGAAAGAGGAAGCUUCUGCAGCAGCAGCAUUUGGAAGAGAUGGUCGAACGUCUCACCAGGGAGAAAGAGGUCUGGCGGACACGAGCGCUGACGCUCAGGCAGCUCCUUCAUUCCCAUGGCAUCCUUUGCCCCGACUUCAAGGACUAACAGCGCAACCUGAAGUCGCUGCAGAUGAGGUUGAACGUAAUCUCUACUCAACUAUAGCACCCGGCACGGCUUUCGAAUUCAUCAAACCUUUGAUUCUCUUGUUGGUGCUUUCUAUUAGCGUGGACCGCAGAUUUUGCUUUUCUAAAUCAAUCAUGUCAAAUUGAUGAGCCGGCGCGCUGCCGACGCGAUUUGCUGGCGUCGAUAGCAAAUUCUUACUGUGCUCCCAUCACGCCCCGCUUUACAUCACGGUCAUAUCCUCUCAUCGUACUCUGCGCUUUCUAUGUAUCAUCGAACAAUUGUAGAUUUUGUAGCAUCAUGGACGGUUUUCACCGCAAUAUACCCGCUCGGUUUUGAA